AUGGCGCAUAGGUUGCUCAGAGACCACGAAGCCGACGGUUGGGAGCGUUCCGAUUUCCCCAUCAUCUGCGAAUCCUGCCUCGGUGACAGCCCCUAUGUUCGAAUGACAAGAGCAGAGUAUGACAAGGAGUGCAAGAUUUGUACUCGGCCAUUCACUGUGUUUAGAUGGAGACCUGGUAGAGAUGCUAGAUAUAAGAAAACUGAGAUAUGUCAGACAUGUAGUAAGUUGAAAAAUGUCUGUCAAGUGUGCCUUCUUGAUCUUGAAUAUGGACUACCUGUUCAAGUUCGAGACACGGCUCUCAGUAUUGAUUCCAAUGACUCUAUUCCAAAGAGUGACGUUAAUAGGGAGUAUUUUGCUGAAGAGCAUGACCGUAGGGCUAGAGCUGGUAUAGAUUAUGAAUCCUCCUAUGGUAAAGCACGCCCUAAUGAUACUAUCCUGAAGCUUCAAAGAACAACACCAUAUUACAAAAGAAACCGGGCGCAUGUUUGCAGUUUCUACAUAAGGGGUGAAUGUACCAGAGGAGCUGAGUGCCCUUAUAGACAUGAGAUGCCAGAAACUGGGGAAUUGUCUCAACAAAAUAUUAAAGAUCGUUAUUAUGGGGUGAAUGAUCCAGUGGCCUUGAAGCUACUUGGCAAGGCAGGGGAGAUGGCCACCCUGGAGGCUCCUGAGGAUGAGAGCAUUAAAACUCUCUAUGUUGGUGGACUUGAUGCUAGGGUCACUGAGCAGGAUUUGCGGGAUCACUUCUAUGCCCAUGGGGAAAUUGAAUCCGUAAAAAUGGUUCUCCAACGGGCUUGUGCUUUUGUAACAUAUACUACCCGAGAAGGUGCAGAAAAGGCAGCAGAAGAACUCUCCAACAAACUGGUUAUUAAAGGCUUAAGGCUAAAGCUGAUGUGGGGCAGGCCUCAGACCUCAAAACCCGAGUUAGAUGGCUCUGAUCAAGCAAGGCAGCAGGCAUCUGUGGCUCAUAGUGGAUUGCUGCCUCGAGCAGUUAUAUCACAGCAGCAGAACCUGGACCAAACACAAGGAACACUAUUCUAUAACAAUCCACCACCUCUGCAGCAGGAAAGAAGCUACUACCCAUCAAUGGAUCCUCAAAGAAUGGGUGCUCUUAUUUCAUCUCAAGAUGGUCCUCCUGGUGGACCUUCUGGGUCAGGGGAGAACAAGUCCAGUUUGGAGAAGCAGCACUAUGCCCAUCCAAUGAUGCCUCCUCCACCUGGCCAAUAUCAUCAUCAGUAUUAUCCUCCAUAUGGUUAUAUGCCGCCAGUUCCCCCUUAUCAACAGUUCCCACCUCCAUACAAUACUGCUGUGGCUCCAUCCCAGCCAGCCGCUACAAAUUAUCCUUAUCAGCAUUCUACGCAGCCAGGGACUUCGCAAACAGGGUCUGGACAGGCUGCACAUGCCCCAGCUGAAACUGGAACAUCAACAUCUGGGUCACAGCAUCAAUAA